CGUGGAACGGCAUCCAUUUUGUAUUGGUUCAUCUUCAACGAAGGUUUUGGCGAGAUUUUGAAUACAUGGCUAGCCGAACAAGAGGAGGCCGGUAUAGAAGUCACUCUCCCCCCUUGGCUCAAUGCGACUUGGGACUGGCAAUUCAGCGAGCCCGACGAGGAAGGUGCUGUUCCUACGUCGCUAUCGAGACUGUUGGAGCAACGGAACCUGUUUUCUGCGGAUGAAGUGAUGUCCGAGGAAAUAUCGGAAUUGACUAAAGCAUCUUUUAUGCUUGCAUCCUUCGAUUUAUUCCGACUGCGUUUACCUGAAGACUUCAAUUCCGAUCUCGUUGAAAUGAGAUGGUACAUACAAAAUGAAUGCGGAGCAAUCCCCGAUUCCUGGAUCGCUGACUCCACUGCACCCAUCGGAAAUGAAGAUUUUGCCGGAAAUGUGGAGGCUGAGAAUUCGACUGAAGACGAGGGCUCUUCUCAAGAGAAGACUAGUCGGAAAAGGAAGUACGACGAUUCCGAUGAGUUAGAGAUACUCGUUCAAGGCGACUGGUCAGGAGGUCAAUGGUUCUUGGUUUCUAACGGAACUUUGAUAAUCAAUGGAAAGGAAUUUCCGACCUCGGAUGCUGGUGACGAUCGCUGUGACCGUUGUAAAAAGAGCAAGACAGUUGUAUGUGUUCGGAAAUGGCCGUCCUCUUCUUGCGAGAAGUGCACUUCUUCCAAGUUGAAGUGUUCCUUGUCUUCCGGACUGCGCGGCUCCGUUGAAGUGCGAUACAAGGCUAUGAUAGAGAAAUGCCUCGAAUAUGGCUUUGACGCUCUUGAACAUCGUUUUGUACAAGAGCUUGCCGGACUUGACAGUCCCGUUUCCGCAGCCUCUGUAUUGCCUCCUCCUUCUACUGAAGUUGAGUCUAGUGUUCCAGACAUUGAUCCCGAUGAUGCCGUCGAGGAUCGUCUCUUGCCGGAAGUACUAACUAGACUUCGCGACCCAGCUCGCCUCAGUGCUGAUAAUGGCAGAGCUGGCCCUGGUCCCUCGACUAGGGAAGCUCAGCUUGAAGCGCGCUUGAACGAGCAGCAGGCCGAGAUUAUUAUACUUCGGACUGAACUCAAACGUCUUCAAGAUCAAGAACACCAUCGUCGUGACCGAAAGCGAGCGAGGAAAGAGGCCAAGCGAGGAAAGGGUGAUAGGAAGGGUAAAGGGAAGGCUCGUAAUGAAUACUAUUCUGACGACGAAUGAAGUAAUAAUGUCAUUGAAUCCUGCUUUCUUAAGACCCACUGCCGA